CCGUUCAGGCAUGCGCAGUGCAGUUUGAUUUGUUGCAGCGACAUGGGUUGUUAUUGUUUCUCUGGGCAACUGAUAUUGAAGUUACAUACAUUUGUUGCCAUUGUGUAAUCGAAUAUUGGACAUCGCGCGCGGAUUAAGUCACUGCUGAACGAACGCUACGUUGUAUGACAUGCGAUGGGUGCUGCAUCGAGCACCGAGGGCGAAAGGGAACCACUUAUUUUUCCUCCUAACCCCGAGACGAGCAUUCAGCCAGUUUACAGCCGAGUCUACGGGAGAAGAUGGCUGGUUCUGACUCUAUUUUCUUUAUUGGCGUUCAUGCAAGGGAUGGUAUGGAACACUUGGGGCCCAAUUCAGAACUCUGCCAUUCACGCGUACGAUUUCGCCAAAUCUGACAUCGCCGUGCUGGUUCUGUGGGGACCAGUAGGGUUCACCCCUUGGCUGCUAUUUAUGUGGCUGAUGGACAAGAAAGGUCUGCGGGCGUCUCUUUUACUGUCAGUCUUCUUCAUGGUGAUGGGGGCAGCGCUGCGUAGUGUCCCUGUACCAGACCUACAACUAAGGCGAUGGUUAAUACACGGUGGUCAGCUGUUGAAUGGUUUGGCCGGACCAACAAUAAUGAGCGCUGGACCCCUUCUCUCCACCACAUGGUUCGCUCCAGACCAGAGAGCCACAGCCACCGCUGUCGCCUCAUUGGUCAGCUAUCUGGGGGCGGCGUGCUCCUUCAUCGUCGGACCGCUGCUUGUGCCCGCCCCUAAUGACACCACCCGUGUCAUGGUGGCCCGAGCUGUUGUCGCGACAGACACCCAGAUCAAUCACAUACGAGACAGGAUUCAGCUGGUUUUGUAUGCAGAGCUUGGUGUGGUGGCGGUGCUGUUUGCUGCGGUGCUGUUCUACUUCCCCUCCCGGCCCCCCAGACCCCCCAGUGUAGCCGCUGCCAGCCAGAGACUCCGCUACAGCAGCAGCAUCUGCAGACUACUCAGUAAUUUCCGGUUCCUGAUGAUAGCGUUGGCCUACGCGGUGCCUACAGGAGUGGUGGCAGGCUGGUCAGGAGUUUUGGACAUGAUCCUCACCCCUGCCAGAGUCAGCCAGGUGGAUGCUGGCUGGAUUGGGUUCUGGUCUGUUGUGGGCGGCUGUGUAUUUGGAGUGGCCAUGGCCAGGUUUGCAGACUCUAUCCGGGGCAUGCUGAAGCUCAUCCUGGUCCUGAUGAUGGCUGGGGCUUCCCUGGCCUCCACCUGGUUCACACUCACUUGUCUAACCAGGCUCACACACCUACCCUCCACUGCAGCCACCCUGUACACCUCCUGUAUCGUAUUGGGCAUCUUCAUCAACAGUAGUGUGCCCAUCUUCUUUGAGCUCUUAAUCGAGACCGUGUACCCCGUGCCCGAGGGCAUCACCUGCGGGGUGGUCACCUUCCUCGGUAACCUGGUCACAGGCUGCCUCCUCUUCUUCCUCACCUUCUACACCACAGAUUUGUCGUGGCUGAACUGGUGUCUGACGGGCUCCUGUGCCUUCAGCCUGGUCCUCAUCCUCUUCUUCAGGGAAUCCUACGACCGCCUCUACCUCGACGUCUUCGUCUCAGUCUGACAGACAACACACAAACAAACUGACCCAAGAGGAAAACAAAGACUGGAACAGUGUUAAACACAUUGCACAAAGAAGAGGAGAAAAAUAAGCGAUAUAGGAAGUCCAACCUAGCCCCCUUUUUGACCUUAUAUUAAUUAUAACUAACUGUAGUUGUAAAUGUGUUAUAUGACGGUGGUCGUUGAGGCAUUGUGAUUUCCAUGUAGCCAAUGAGAAGAGCUGAAGAGCCGAGGGCCUCAGACAGUUAGUCAUUAAUGUUAACUGUAAGGGACUGUUUGUCCUGCUGGCCUGGUCCUCAGAUGCAGCAUCGUCUUUUUCGUAGUGUAAAGUUCAAAUUACAGUUGAACCGUUGUUUUUUUACCCGAUCAUGGCAUGAUGAGGGACUGUUGUUGUUUACAGAAGUAAUGUCUAAAGAGGCACUCUGUGGCAGGUGACCUGUGACCUGGCUGUUCUCUGGUUUUAAUCAGGAAGGAGAGGCAUGAUUGGCUGAGGAGCUCUAGCAGCCAAUCAACAGGCCCAACCGUGCCCGUCUAUUCUAACAAGGGACCGCAUAGCGUUUUAGUGUCACUCAUAACUGCUGGUUAUGAAUGGCAGGGGGGAAACUGUCAAACUGAGCUGUUCUGCAAAUGACCUGUGUACCUGUUGUUUAAUAGUGACAUAUGAGCUCCCUUUUUUAAACCCCCCCCCCCUCUCUCAAGGAAUAUUAUGCAAGACUGAUAAUGACAAACCGUUCCUCCCCUCCUGCAUUUAUAUAUUUUUAAAAUCUCCCUAUUGAAUUGAUUGGUCCCUGCCAGUGUCAUGGGCCGUGAUUGAAUGAGCCCCAUUGAGUGUCUCUCUCAGCAUGCAAAGUCAGAACUCUCUCUGUGUAUUUCGAGGCUCUGCUGUGCAGGUCUCAUGGUGUAAUGAGACGAUCCGUUUUCAGCAGUUGAUAAUGAGGAAUUAGGAAGUAGCAGUUUCCCCAUUGUGACCUUUCAGCUUUGUUAAAGAAACUGACUACAGGAGUCAGCCAUUUUGUUUCCGAGUUGGUUAUUAUGUAGACAUUUUAGAAGUUGUUCUCAAAUGUUAUUUUCUUAGUUUUUAGUUUGUUUUAAUAUGUGGGAGAUUUUUUCCAAUUUCAACUUGGCAAUGCAUUAUUAUUUUUCUAUAUUCCUCAGUAGACAUGUCUGUUAUUAUUCCAGAUAUUUAUGUAUUGAGGGAUCAGAACACUAACACAGUUGAUAACAGUAACAGACAAAUACAGAGACUCUAUAAUGAAAUAUGGGAAUAUUGCUUUCUGUUGCCCAGCUGAGACGUGGCUGAUUCUGUAUGGAAAUGUGGUAAUGGAGCCACAUAACAUAACCAGGAAGCUGGUCUACAUGUAAUGCACAACGUUCACCAGCAGGGAGCGCUGUGCUGGGGACACUGACAAAAUAGGGAGUGGUUCUGUUAGCAGCUCUUUCCCUGGCAUGCAUGGAGUUGGUGGUGAUGCUUCCCACCAAAUACAAAACAGACGCGUAAACAGCUCAGAAAAGUGACAUCCACAGAAAAGACAGGAACAACAAGGAACAAACUCGGCACAGAGUUUAGAGUGACAGGUCUAGCACACCCCCUGACCUUGUCACCUAAUCACUCAUCCGCAAGGUGCGACUGGGAACUGACAACCUCUGUACAAGGGGUUCCCAGUCACUCAGCUGUAUGGCAGAGAAACUGUCUGUGGAAAAAGUUUUCUUUGGGGUAUAAUGUAUGUCCUAAAAAGCUUGCCUUUCAUUUACUCCUUGUUUUACAUUUUUUACACUCUGUCUAGAGAAGUGUCAUUGUUAUCGUUACCAUAGUAAUAGAAGACUUUGUUUUUAUCUCUGCUCUUUACCUUCAUUCAAUACCUUGUGACAUGUUGCCUUAAUUACCUGUGAUCUGUGCAUCCUGUCCCCACCCACACUGUGUCGAAGAUGUAGUCUGUAUGUGUACAGUAGUGAAACACACGUUUCCAUUACACUGCUAAUCAUGACUUCCUAGGUUGGGGGUAUAGAUGUUCUUAUCCUUGUUCUGUGAAACCAAAAACUAAUGUAUGUGAGAUUUUAAGCACCUUAUUAAAAAUACAUUUUGAAAAUAUA